CUUUGGAUCUGCUACUCCCUGCUCCCAAUGAUUUGCAAUUUUCCAUCUGACAUUUCCAAACACUCCCCUUAGAUCUGAUUAGACUUUAUUCUAUUAUAAGUCUUUGUAUAUAGCCGUCUUACUCCAGCUUGAAUUCAGUCAGCAACCCAGCACCUGUAUCACCCUUCUUCCCCUGACCCCCUUUCUCCUCUUUUUUGAUUAAGUUAGGCAUCAAAACGCACUUUGGUCCACACAUAACACACACACACACACAUCGGCCACCAUGUCCUCCAUCCUUCCCUUCACUCCCCCGGUGGUGAAACGUCUCCUGGGAUGGAAGAAGACUCCAGCAAGUAGCGGGGGAGCAGGAGGAGGAAUAGGUGGAGUCGGGGAGCAGAAUGGAGGAGGACAGGAGGAGAAAUGGUGCGAAAAAGCAGUGAAGAGCCUGGUGAAGAAGCUGAAAAAGACAGGGCAACUGGAUGAGCUAGAGAAGGCCAUCAGCACACAGAACAGCAACACAAAGUGUGUCACUAUACCCAGCAAUUGCUCAGAUCUAUGGGGUCUAGGCUCAGGCCACACGAUAGAGCAGUGGGACUCUGCAGGCAUGUAUGGAUACCCUGACCACAGCAGGUCUCUGGACGGGCGUCUUCAGGUGUCUCAUCGCAAAGGCCUGCCGCACGUCAUCUACUGCCGCCUCUGGAGAUGGCCUGACCUUCACAGCCACCAUGAGCUGAGGGCCAUCGAUACCUGCCAGUACGCCUUCAACCUCAAGAAGGAUGAAGUGUGUGUCAAUCCCUACCAUUACCAGAGAGUGGAGACGCCAGUGCUGCCUCCAGUGUUGGUGCCACGCCAUACAGAGAUUCUGACAGAGCUUCCACCUCUUGAUGAUUUUACAAACUCCAUUCCUGAAAACACCAACUUCCCUGCUGGCAUAGACCCUCCAAACAACUAUAUACCAGAGACCCCUCCACCCGGCUACAUCAGUGAAGAUGGAGAGACCAGCGACCAGCAGAUGAAUCAAAGUAUGGAAUCAGGCUCACCAGCAGAAAUGUCACCAAGCACUCUGUCACCUGUCAGUCAUGGCCUGGACCUUCAGCCAGUCACCUACAGUGAACCAGCAUUCUGGUGCUCUAUAGCCUACUAUGAACUAAACCAGCGGGUUGGAGAGACAUUCCACGCCUCACAACCAUCUCUGACAGUCGACGGCUUCACCGACCCCUCCAACUCUGAACGAUUCUGUCUAGGGCUUCUCAGCAACGUUAACAGGAACGCAACUGUUGAAAUGACAAGGAGACAUAUAGGUCGUGGUGUGAGGUUGUAUUACAUCGGGGGGGAGGUGUUCGCCGAGUGCCUCAGCGACAGUGCCAUUUUUGUCCAGAGUCCCAACUGUAACCAGCGAUAUGGCUGGCAUCCUGCCACAGUCUGCAAGAUACCACCAGGCUGUAACCUGAAGAUUUUUAACAACCAAGAGUUUGCUGCACUGCUGGCCCAGUCAGUCAAUCAGGGAUUCGAGGCGGUCUACCAGCUAACCAGGAUGUGCACGAUCAGAAUGAGCUUCGUCAAGGGCUGGGGAGCAGAGUACAGGCGUCAGACAGUAACCAGCACCCCCUGUUGGAUUGAGCUGCAUCUCAACGGCCCCCUCCAGUGGUUGGAUAAGGUGCUGACCCAAAUGGGAUCCCCCUCAGUGCGCUGCUCCAGCAUGUCAUAAACAGGCUCCUGCUGCUGUGGAUGCAGUCAGACUGACAUUUCACGAUGUUUGAACACUACGUUCUGAAGAAGACAACUACGCGGUCUUAAACUGAUGAACUAACAGCAGUUUGAAAAAACAAACGGAAAAAAACGAUUACGCAACGGACCUGGAGGAGAGAAUGACACGACUAAUGGACAGUAGGGGAAUGUUAACAGUGAUGUCACACUGGACCUGAUUACCUUUUGGCUCUGUUGGAUCAACAUCAGGCUGACAUUCCAGUAAUCAUGGACCUAAUCAUGAUAAUUGAAAUCGCACUGCAAUAUCAAAAUGAUAAAUGAAGAGCGAGGUCGUAAUGGACCAGACUACAUUUGUGUUUUUGGUAUUUGAGUGAGGCUGCAACCCAGAAACACACAGCAGGACGAGGCCUCAGUGUCCUCGUCUUCGACACAACCAUGAUUGUUUCUGGGAUUGAACGUGUAACAGGACUGUCUGUCCAACCACAAGUCCACCUUGCCUCUUCCCUACCAACCAUAGCACAAGCUUUGACUCAGCAUCGAUACUUUUCCGUUUACACAAGGGUUGACUAACAGUACUGCCACUCCUGGCUCAUCUUCAUGAAGAAUCAACCUCAGGCCUGGAUAUGAAUUUCUCAGCAUCUCUUGGUUUUGAUGACCAAACUUCCAGCUCAUUUUUGAAGUCCAACCUUUUCUUGCCCAAUCCGCCCUCCGUCGUGGUGAUCACACCCCCGACCACACGGUCCUCAACUCUUAGAGCGGUGACCACUGGAAGAACGAAGUGUAAUUAAUAUGACAUGCCCUGUUUUUACAUGUUCUCUCUCUCUCUCUCUCACACACACACACACACACACACACACACACACACAUACUGUGACAGAAACACAAUUUUAAAGUUCCUACAUCACUUAAGUAGCUAUUUAAACACAAUGUUUUACUUACAAGAUGAAUUCCUCUGUGCUGAACGUCGGUUGGUCUGAUUUGAGGAGUGUGCAGUGGGGCAAAUGUUUCUUCUGUGAGGAGUUUUUAAUUUUAAAGUGUGGUCACUAGCGAACCAUCACAGAUAACUGGAAUGAGUAAGCUGAGGAAUCCUCAGAGUAAGAACAUACGACACGUCACCUCUGUGGAACUUCAAACAGCUUAAAUCUUUGAACGUUUAGUAAGUAAAAAAAAAAAAAAAUCCAGAAGGAUUUACUCACAACUCUUCUAGUUUGUCAGGCCCAACAAGAUGCACUAUCUCUGUUUCCCUCCUGCAUGCUCUUGCUGUCUCUCGCUUAAUUCUCGCCAUUUUUACUAUUAUAUCAUCUUGCAUAUGAAGGGGAGUCUUUCAUCCGCCUCGUGCAGGAUCAGGACUCAAUGUAAACCCAAGAGUCUAAGCUUCAGUGUCGCCCCCUGCUGUUGAACAGACUAAAAAGAGAAACAUUCAUCUCGGGAUGUUUCACAAAUGUAUAAAAAGUGCAAGUCUCUUGAAUAAUUGCUUGGACUAAUGCACGGUUGUCUUCAUUAUUGACUUUA